CAGAAGUGGAAGGAGUGACCCCGCCGGCCUGUCUGCCUCACUCACCCAGGCUUCCCCCACGCCCACACCCACACGCAGGGGUCGCGCCACACCCGCCCACACCCACCCACACCCACACCCACCCACACACCCAACAAGGAGGCAGUGUAUUGCAAUGAACCUUACCUGGCUUUCCUGUAAGUCUUCUGUACUCUUUCCCGCGUGACCGUAUCUCCACACGCCCGCACGCCCACACGCCCACCAUGGCAAGCACGCCCCUGCACGCCCUAGUGGUGGCGGUGGUGGUGGUGGUGGUGAGCGAGAUAGCUGCUGCCUCUCAUAAGGAUAACAGUUUUAAUAUUCAAGGAAGUGGUGAAGCCAGAGCGGCGAGGAUCAGGAGAGAGCAAGAGAAAAGCGAGACGGACAACAAAACACUGCCCAGCGGCAUUCCUGACACGGAGCCGACCACAGUGACCUUCCCGCCGUGCACUGGCAACGAGGAAGGGGAGUGUGAUGCGCUGCCCAACAGUAUUUGCGUGAAGGAGGAAGGAAUCUGCAAGUGUACCCGUCCCAAUAACCUGUUUGACGUGGAGAACCAGUACUGCGGGAAAGCGACGAAACUGGGAGAAAAAUGCAUGUACACGAGUGAAUGCGCUGAGGGAGACGACUACAGUGUAUGCAACGACCAAAAGGUGUGUGCUUGCGGCCCUGGCUUCAGUGUGGACGACCUCCCUCAAGUCGGCGUUACCUGUAUCGAAACUUCCAAGGGCGACGGGAUAGGCGCUCCUGACCCUGCAAUGAUUGGUGUGCUGGCUGGCCUGGCGCUCAUGUUCGUCAUCAUCUGCGUGGUGCUUCGACUCUUCUCCAAGGCGAGAUUCCGCGAGAACCGGUCAAUCUUCAACACCCCCAACCCCCGCCUGAUGAACGCUUCGCUGUUUAAAGACAGUAAGUUGCUGAGCCCUGCCCGCGGGGACCGUCGAGGCUCCCGGGCCAGUGUUCGAGUCCCGUCUCGCGCAGCCUCCAUCACCUCCGUCAACGCCGCCUCCCGCUCUCCUAACGGGUCACUGGCCAAAGUUGACGUUUCAGGAAGGCGAGGGAGUGCGCUUUCCACUGCCUCCGCCACGGGCUCCACCCACGGCCACACAGCCCCGGGAGGACACAAGACACCAAGUCCAGUCAGGGAGAACAAGAAGGCAGAGACAACCGUGGCUAUCGAGACAGUGGACUAAGCCGAGAGAGUCUUCUAGAGGUGGUGUGGCCCGCGUCGUCCGCCGAGUCUCCAUCCAGAUCCUGCUCUCUCCGUGUGUGGGGUCUGUGGUCUCCUCCCCCGAGUGUCUGGCUGGCUGCGGCUGCCCAGGGGUUCCUUCUGUUGGUCUGAGUUUGUUGUGGUUUCUUAUGGUUAUGUGAAGUGUGGGUUAGAUGUUUGUGUUGUUUGGGUUUUGUGGUUACAGUGAAGUGUUUCUGAGAUAAAUCCUACUUCUACUUUUACUACUACUACUACUGCUACUACUACUGUUGAUAACCACAUUACCAGCACCACAUGAAAGAAUAACAAACACAACGAGAAUGUAACUUGUAUACAAUAAUUAGCAACACAUCGAAGAAAUACACACACACACACACACACACACACACACACACACACAAAAAAAAAAACAGAAAACGUAAAAUAAAGUAGAGUAAAAACGAAGCUCAAAUUAGAAAGGAAAGUGUGACGUCAUUCUGUUUAUCAAUUUGUCUGUCUGUCUGUCUGUCUGUCUGUUUUGGUGUCCUCGGAGUCCUUAGCGUAGGAUUAGCCAAGUGUGCUGCAGGAAUGAGAUGAGGCGAGGUCACACCAGGUCACAUCAAGGUCACAUCAAGGUCAAGAAAGGUCAUAUGGGUGAAGGGCAAGUACUAUGUGACCUGAAUUGUAAGGGAUAGUAAGAGGGUCACACUUCAGGGUCACACUUCAGGGUCACACUUGAGAGGUCACACUUGAGAGGUCACACUUGAGGGUCAUACUUGUGGGUCACACUUAAAGAGGUCACACUUGAGGGUCACACUUGAGGAAUCACACUUGAGGGUCACACUUUAGUCACACUUGAAGGUCAUACUUAAGGGUCGUAUUUGAGGGUCACACUUAAAGAUCACACUUGAGAGUCACACUUGUAGAUCACACGAAGGUCAUUCUUAAGGGUUAUAUUUGAGGGUCACACUUAUAGGUCACACUUGAAGGUCGUACUUGAGGGCCACACUUAAAGGUCACACUUAUAGGUCAUACUUGGGGUUGUUAUAUUUGAGGGUCACACUUAAAGGUCACACUUAUAGGUCAUACUUGAAGGUCGUACUUGAGGGUCACACUUAAAGGUCACACUUAUAGGUUACACUUGAGGGGUCACACUUAGAAAUGCACAAAGUAGAGGUAAUUUUCUAAUCUGUUUAAUUUUCCAUCUAUGCAAAAGCGUUUUUAUUUAUUUUUUAACUUGUGAAGGCGAUGAAGUAGCGGGAACUCACCACAGCGGGAAGCGUUCAGUGAAGUUAACGUAGGAAUUAAGUAGAGUGAAGUUAGGUUACAAGUGAAGUUAGUACAGUGAAGCUACUAGUUUUAAACCCGUUCAGUACUUGUUCUUCGCCCCUUACCUAUCCCCCCCCCUAAAAGCCAGACAGCCACCUCACACCUCACAAGGCCACUCCCUACACUCCUCCCUCUCCACCCCUUGCCCUCCAUCCCCCUUCCUUCCCCUCCCUCCCCUCGCCUCCCUCAUCUCAGAACUCAGUGUUAUCUAUUAAUGAGUCUGUCGCACAAAACACUUCGAAGCUCAGAGUGAAGCAAAUGAUUCACUCCAGAGGUUCGAAUCUCUCUCGUGUGAACUUGGAACUCGGAAAGCAAACUCGCCUCUUAAGGAAGCGAUCCCUUUUGGCGCCACUUCUGAAAAAAAAAGAAAAGGUGAACGAAAAAAAAAAACGGAAACAUAACCGAACCACACAAAUCCUUGGAAACGAAACUGCUUCAUUGGAAUACAAAAACAGUUUCGCGAUCGGACGAAGCAGUGAAGCAAUAGAACCUGAAACAAAUAGAACCCCACAAAACACACCAUUCGAUCUAAAAAAAAAAAAUGCAUCUUAAACUGCUUCGAAUCACUUAUUGAACGGAACACCCAAAAUAUGUGAUCCAAUCCUGUAUAGUGCAGUGGAAGGGGGAUUGACCGCCCCGGGAGAGUAUCAUAGCUUGCUUCACCAGUAGGACAAAGAAUUCAGCUCUACGUUUUUUGUAUAUCCGAGGCAGAAUGUCACCCGAGGCUAUUUCUGAAGCAGCAAAAGGUUCACGAGUAAUGUUUCGACUCGGUAUAGAAAAAAAGAAGAUUCAGUAGUCGAUAUUUUGAAGACUCACUCCCUUUUUAGGUCAUAUUAUUUGUUGGGAGUGUGCCGUUAAGUGAGAGGACGUACAUAGAACUAUUACCAAAGAACUUAAAGCAGAACAUUUAUACUCUGGAAAAGAAAAAAAAAAAAGUAGCACUAGAAACAAGGAAAAUACAUAAAAAAAUGGUUUCUACUUAUACAUAACUUAUACAUAAAAACAUUUAACGCAUAUGCUGUAGUGGACAAUUCCUGUAGCGUUUACUUAAGUAGUGGAUAUCGCUGUAGCCAGACCUUUAGAACUUUUAACAGCAAUAGACAGAGGACUAAUGAACGGCGCAACUCACAACCUCCUUAAUACGAACCGGAAGUAGAAUAGUGAACAAACCAAACCUCUUGCCUCGACACGGUUCACUUUUGGGUAUUCGAAGCAGAUGCGAUAGUGAAUGAAGCUUUGUGUGUGUGUGUGUGUGUGUGUGUGUGUGUGUGUGUGUAGAAAGUUUUUUUUUUUCAUGACCAAAGAAAUUAUUAGAUAUAUGUUAGUGAUGAUUGAAAAAUAGUAAAAAAAAAACGAGAUUAGUUCACGAGAGAGAGAGAGAGAGAGAGAGAGAGAGAGAGAGAGAGAGAGAGAGAGAGAGAGAGAGAGAGAGAGAAUGAAAAAUAAUGACAGAUGGAAGCUGAAAACAAUAAAACAAGGAUAUAAAACGAAGCGAAUAGGAAGAAAGUGAGAAAUACAAACGAAAAAUGGAAGAAAAAAACAAGCAAAUGGAGAGAGAAAAGUAGAAAAGAAGAACAUCAAGGAGGAAAAGAGAAAGUAAGUGGUUCAUUUUGUGCGAGGCUUCAGAGGUUCACGGAAAUGCUUCGGAACACAUGAAACUUUUCGCCAGCGUUACAAAUUUGUAGUCGAGAAACAACAACAACAACAACAACAACAACAACAAUAAUGAUAAGAUAGUCAGGCGUGAUCGUUUUUUCAGAUCACGAACAACACAACAGUCUUUCUCCGUUGAUUCCCUUAGUGUUUCGCUCGCCUAGUGUUUCAGAGUCCCUUAUGAGUCUCGCUGUUUUGAUGUUUCGAAACACACAUAAGCAACAAAAACACGUGAGUCAUUUUCUACUAGUGUUACUCUAAGUGUGUGCAGAGUCUUAAAGUAUUAGUUUUCUCAGAUUUUCCUUUUCUUCUUUUUCUUUUCUUUGACUUUUUCAUUCUUUCGUCUUCGUUGUUCGUUUCUCUUUUAAUUCUACUUUUUCUUUCUGCCAGUUUUCAUGUUGUAGUCUGUAGCUUUUUUCAAAUUUUCUUUUUCCUCUUUUUUCUCUUUUUCUUUGUCUUUUUCAUUCUUUCGUCUUCGUUGUAUAUUUCUCCUAUAACUCUUCCUCUCUCUUUCUUUCCUUUCCUAUUUUUUCUUUCACUUUUUUCAUUCCUCUGCUUUCUUUCCUUCAUAUUUUUUUCUUUUUAUCUUUUAAUGGCUCGUAAACAUCACAAUAUUCCAUUCAAAUCUCAAACUUAUUUAAAAAAAAAAAAAAAAGAAACUCAACAAACCACACAAGCCCUUCCUUCUUUACAAAGCAAAACACCAAACACACCACAACACCAACACCAACACCAACAACAACACCACCAACAACAACAACAACAAGCACUAUCAUCUCCAACGCCUUAAACUGAUAAAAAUGAUAAAUGCAGAAGAAGAUUGCCUUGCCCUAACUCUACUCUGAUGGUACAACUAACUCUCGAACGCCCCCUUGCCCCUCAUUGCCCCAGCCCCACGCCACCCCGCCCCAGCCACCAUCAUCAACCAUCCCCUCGUCCCCGCCACCCUUCGCCCCGCCCCCCGUCAGCCACCCUAUGUAUAAACUGCCUUCAGACAACACACCCUUUGUAAGCGUAACACCUUCUUACUUCAGUGUUGUAGAGAUUAUAGCUCUUGUGUGUGUGUGUGUGUGUGUGUGUGUGUGUGUGUGUGUGUGUGUGUACUAACGCUCAACAUGACGUAAUCUAUAUUCUUUAUUCUUCUCUGUUAGCUAUUGUUAUCUCUUUACUCUCUCUCUCUCUCUCUCUCUCUCUCUCUCUCUCUCUCUCUCUCUCUCUCUCUCUCUCUCUCUCUCUCUCUCUCAUUUUUUUUUCUCCCUUUCAUCCUUUCUUAGUUUUUUUUUUUUCUUGCAAAUAAAUAUACAAUUGAUAACUACCUAUCUUUUUCUUUAUUUCCCUCUUCCUCCUCCUCCUCCUCCUCCUCCUCCUCCUCCUCCUCCUCCUCCUCCUCCUCCUCCUCCUCCUCCUCCUGUAUGUUUUCAUCUUCUCCCAGGAAAAUGAAAAUAAUAAUAGUAAUAAUAAUAGUUCCAUCAUUAGCCAAGUAGAUUUUUUCCUCCAAUUCACUCAAGUCACAAUUUUUUUCCUCGGUAUCCUAUGAGAGAAAAAAAUGAAUAAAAAUAAUAAUAAAAAAAAAUAGCAGGACAAGCAAGCAAUUCCCACCUCUAUUACACUAGUCGUUAAGGUUCGCACUGCUGCAAAAUGUUAUCAAGGUUCAAUUUUUAACCCUUUUACGCUCCUAUCAUAUAUAUUAUUAUUUUUUUCCAAGUUCCAUCUUAGGAUUCCAUAAUAACAGUAGUGGUAGAAAUACUAAUGAAUAAUGAUAAUAAUAGUAAUAUCUUACCUAAUAUCAUAUACAUACUUGCAUAUAUAUAUAUAGACUGUAAACUUUAUAUAUAUACAUAGCUUCUAUACGUGUACGCAUCAAAGAUAUGUUAGAAAGGGAAGUUUUUUGGGGAGUUUUCAGAUAAUAUAUAUAAAAAAAAGUUGUAAUGUUUUCAUAUAUAAAAAAUAUUUCACCUAUUUUUUUUUUUUUUUCUUAGCUGGGGUUUCACAAUCAUUUUUUUCCUCUUUGCUGACAUUUCCAAGAGGGUUCGGGGAUUUGAAUCGAGUUAUUUUUCGAGAUACUAGCGAGUACUACUGAUUACUCUAGUGUGUGUGGUGGAGAUACGAUGUUCAUGAUCCCUUGUGUCUCAUUGUACAUGCGAAAUAUCACCGUUUUUAGGGUAUACGGUCUUAUAUUGUGGUGGCUUCAAUUAAUUUCCCAUUUUUCUGUGUAUGUGUGUGUGUGUGUGUGUGUGUGUGUGUGUGUGUGUGUGUGUGUGUGUGUGUGUGUGUGUGGCCGGCAGUUCCACGCUAGUCUCCCCUCCGCUGAGCCAUUGUGAAAAGAAAACGUAUCGAGGGGGCAGCGCUGAGACGGGCAACUAUGAUAAAACUUUUUCCAUUUUUAACAUGUUUCCUGUUGUUGUUUUGGAAGUUUUUGGGCCAGAGUGACUUUUUAAUAACUGUGAUUGUUUUGAUUGUUUUUCCUUUUGUUGUUGUUGUCUGUUAUUGAUCUUUUUGUUGUCUUUGUUCUGUGUGUUGUGGUGUUCUUGUUAUUUUGCUGACGUGUUUGUGUGGAGGAGGAGGAGGAGGAAGAGAAGAAGAAGGAGAGGGAGGAACAGGAGGAGAGAAAGGAAAUAACUAAUGAAAAGGAGGAGGAAAAGUUAUGAAAAAUACCCGUCAACCUUGAGCGUGUUCUCUUUAUAUUUCGUCUUUUUUUUCAUAAUUCAGUUCUGGAAAAAUGGAAAGAAAUGAAAGAAAUAGAAACAAAACCAAGAAAAAAGAAUAAGUGCGAAAUAAACGGAUGAAAAUGAAAAGCUUACGAGAAAAAGAGAAAUAAAUGAAAAGUGAGAUUAUUUACGUUUCCACAACAAUGUAUUCUGUAUUUACCAUUCGUUUCCUUUUCUUUUAUUUUUAUUUCUUUUUUUUUUUCUUAAUAUCCUUGGCCACUGUUGUCAUUGCUGUCUACUCUACACCUGUCUUUCACUCUCGCCCCCUUGCUCCGCCAUUCACAAAACCGGGGAAGUUUUAUGAAUGCGGGUGUCGGAAAGGAGGCAACCCACACGUCACGAAACACAGCAUUACCACCACCCGUUUUCUGUUCACCUCCACCGUCUUCUUUUCGCAUUAUACGUCAUUCUUUUUCCCGUUUUCCUUGAUUUUCUAAGGAGUAACAACCUUGACUCUCAUUUUCUAUAGUAAGUGAGCUAGUUUUCUAUAUCCAUCCAUGUUUAUUUUACCUGUAACUUAGCUAUUUUUACCUGUAUUUGAACCUAUGACUUAUUAAUUAACCUACCUGUGUUUUUACCUUAUGUGGGGGAAAGGGGUAGAGCUCAGGUGUGUGUCUACCUGGCAGAACUUAAUUUGAACCCCCUGGGAGCAAUGUCCACUCACCUGACGAAGUAGAUGAAGGAGGAGAGGUGAGAUAAGUUAAGUUCUCCCAGGUUGCAGUGAUAAGGAGGGGAACACUGACGCCACCGGGGGAAGAGGUUGCGUGUGUAUUCCCCUGUGUUAAUGACGUGGGAAAGUGACAGAUUGAAAUAUUAAUGCGUCUGAGAUUGUUGACCUUAAGAGUGACAUUGGACUGUUGAUUAGUAAAGUUUUUUAAGUGAAGUUAACUAAAAGAGCAAUAGUUUUGUUUUAUGUAAGAGUGAAAGACUGGCCAAGGGCAACGUAAAAUAUAAAAAAGAAAAAAAAAAAUUGGGCCCACUCACUCGCCAGUCCCCGUACAUGAGAUUGCUGACCUUAAGAGCGACACUGAACUGUUGAUUAAAGUUUUUGUGAGGUUAACUGAAAGAGCGAUAGUUUUUUUUUUUUUCCUUUAAAUGUAAGGGAAAGACUGGCAAAGGGCAACAAAAAAAUGAUAAAUAAAGGAGCCCACUCACUCACCAGUCCCCAUACAGUGCAGAAAUAGUUAGCCAAGAGACAGGGAUAGAUGUGUUGAAACCUCCUCCCUAUUAAAUAAAGUCAAGUUAUAGGAAGGUUGAAAUACAAACACAGGCAGGGAGUUCCAGAGUUUACCAGAUCGUUGUUGUUAUUGUUAUCUUUUUCCAAGUGAGGUUUUGUGGUGGAGACUUAAUUCACACGUUUGCAGUUUACUUAAAGAGAUUCACAAUGCCGAGUUGACUUUGGUUUAAUUCUUAGUGAAGUUUGGAUAUUAAAUUUUUUUGAGUAUUGAGUUACGGAAUAAAAACGAAAGUUAAAUUAUUGAAGUUUGUGAGUUUAUCUAAAGUUGUGAAUUGUGAGGGAAGUUUACGAUAGAAAAACUGAAGAUAUUGGUGGGAGAAUAAGAGAACAAGUAUUAAGGAAGUUUUAGAUGGAAAUAAAGGAAUAUAAAGUUACCGAUUAAGAAAGAUAACUUAAAAUCAGCCAAGUUUCUAGACUCUCCUGAAGUUUAGAGUGAAAUCAGAGACGUGUGAAGUUGCGGAGAAGAGAAUUUGAAGUUAGAAUUAGUGAAGUUAGUGAAUUGUGCUUUACUUAGUGUUCGGGUGAGUGUAGGACUGGAAAGGGUAUUAGAUUUUAAGUUAGAGGAAAGAAGUUAAGUUUGCAGAGUUUAGUGUUAAGUUUAAGAAGAAUAACAGGGGAAGUUUUGACGAGGGUGGUGUUGAGAUAGCGAGGCGAGAGUGUGAAGUUUUUGGGAGUGUAUUGAAGUUAGGCAAGAAAAAGGAAAGUGGAUGAACUUGAGCAGAGAAAAUGUAGUAAUGAUAAUGAAAUAGAAGGAAGAGUUAGAAGAGAUUGUGAUGAUGGUGAAAUAGAAUAAAAAAAAGUUAGUUAGAGAAGAUUACAAUGAUAGAUGUUAUUGAAAAAGAUGAAGAGUUAAUUAGGAAAGCAUGAAAAUGUGAAUAACUUUGAUUGAAAAAAAAAGAAAAGAAAAAUAGUAAAAAUGAAAGAUGAGGAAAAAAAGAAAAAGAAAGAAAGAGAGAGAUAAGAGAGAAUAAAGUUAGAUUACUCAGUUAUUUAGAAGGAAAAAUAUAUAGAAAAAGAAAAAAGGAACACAUUGAAUAGAAAAAGAAAAUAAAUGAAAAAAAAACUUAAAGAAGAAAAUAAAUGCAAAAUAAAAAAAAAAAAAUAACAAUAAAAAAACAAGUCACUCCACAUAAACAAGCAAGAUCAAGGUCAAGAAAGGUCAAACUAGAGCUGAACUGUACAGAACGUGUUUCAAACCUGUUCUCUUAUCCCCAUCCCCCACAUCUCCCGGCCCCUUAACCUCUCCUUUUUGUUGUUGGUAUUGUUCAUCCGAGUUACCUCAUGUCCAUCAUAACCAGGAGGCUCCUUUCUUUGUUAUUGGUGUUGUUGUUGGUGAUGACAAUGUGUGUAUGGAUAGAUUGACAGGAAGGAAAAUGAAGAAGAAAAAAAAAUAGGUAGGAUUAUAGAAUGUGAAAAAUGAAAAGAAAUGAAGUGUUAAGAAAAGUAAAAAAAUAAUGAAAACAAUGGACUGAUGGAAAAAAAAAAAAAAGGAAGAAGCAACUACGAAAUAUUAAAAGAUAAAACUAAAAAUUGAAGAAAAAAUGAAAGAAAACCGCUCUAGUUUGAUGGGUACCUCCUCCAGAAAAGACUAACACACCAUUUGCUUAUCUUUUUCCCAAUUUAUUUCUCUGUGUCUCGUCCUUGCGUUCAGAAAGAGAGCUAACAAUCCUUCCCAUGUACAAAGGAUGCACACACCACACGGAACACACCAACACACCAACACAACAACACCAAACCAAGUACUGAAUAAACACAAGACAAAUAACACAUAAAGGGUUAGAAAAAACACUCUUACCAAUCAAUUAUUUAAGGAAGUUGUUCCCUUGACUGUUCACGGCGGCGGCGGUGGUGGUGGUGGUGCGUGUGUGUGUGUGUGUGUGUGUAAGUGUGUCUGUGUGUCUGUGUGUCUCCAUGGCCGCCACCCCCCUCGCCAGCUGCACUUAAACUACCAAUCUACUUUAUUUUACACUACACAAGCCAGCUUCUUUUUUGGAGUAAGCCUCAUAAGACACUCCUAUUACCUAACAAUCAAUAAUAAUGUUAAUGAUACUAUUAAUACUACUACUAUUAAUAAUAAUGAUAAUAAUAAUAAUAAUAAUAAAAAAAAGUUACACCCA